ACGACGACUACUCUCCAGCAGAACAUAUAUACUGAGCACUUUAGACAAUUGAUGCAAGACACCGUUAAAUCAACCAUGCCAUUCUUAUCUCCGUUCCACCUCAUACUGGAGAUCUCUUGUUCAUCUCGUUUGACCAACCAAUUCUCAUUGAGCAAAGAUCGCUGACACAUAACAGACUCACGUUCCCCCAUGGGGCUCCGCGAGUCUUUUUUCUUCCGUGCAAGAGAUAACGAGACGAGGGUUUUUCAGAAGGUCUCCACGGAAGAUAAACAUCUGGAGACUUUUGGGCUUGGCGGAUGUAUAUAAGAUUUGGUAUCGCCCGAUGUUGAGUUGAGGUUGGUCUUCAUCUCGUCAAACUGUCGCUGAUCAUAACCCGCCACUAUACACCUUCUUACCUCGCAUUGAGGUUUUAUUACUGGGUACGAUUAUUUUGUUUUAUUGAAUAUGGGCGCUGAAGAUAAGACGACAAAGACUCAGCCUGAGAUGGCUCAGCCCGAGCAUCACCGCGCUGCAUCCAUUCGCGGCAUCGACGGCGAUGAGAUCAACACUAUCAACGAUGGCGGCGACAUCAUGGACACCAAGGAGCAAUCCGACGAGCCCGUGCAAAAUAUCUUCAAUCAAGGCGGCAAGAACUACAGAACACUCGGCAAAUGGGACACAGUCUUCGUCCUCGUCACCAACCAAGUCGGUCUUGGUGUAUUGUCCCUCCCCGGUUGUCUCAAGGUCCUCGGCGUCGUCCCCGGUAUCAUCGCCAUCAUUGGCCUCGGUUCCCUCUCUGCCUACACUGCCUAUGAACUCCUCCAAUUUUACAGAAAAUAUCCUCACGUUGUCAACGUCGUUGAUAUGUGCGGUAUCAUUGGUGGUAGACCGCUUGAGGUCAUUGCGGGUAUUGGUUUGAUGAUCAAGGUUAUGAUGACCUGUGCAUCUGCCAGUGUGACAUUAUCGGUUGCUUUCAACACCCUGAGCAACCAUGCCUUCUGUACCGUCAGCUUCGUUAUCAUCGCCGUCGUCGCUUGCUGGGUCCUUUGUCUGCCUCGAACCGUCAAAUUCGUCUCACAGUCUGGUAUCCCCUCCACAAUCAGUAUUCUAGCCGCCGCUCUUGUCGUCAUGAUCAGCUUGGGUGUCGACACUCCCUCCCAGGCCCCUCCCGGAUGGGAUCGCGAAAUCCAGGUCAUCGGUAACCCAACUUUCCGACAAGGCCUCAAUGCCUGUCUCAAGAUCUGCUACGCCUAUGCCGGAAACAUCAGCUUCGUCUCGUACAUGGCCGAGAUGAAGAAUCCCAGCCGUGAUUUCCCCAUGGCUCUGGCUUGCCUCGAAGUCUUCUCCAUUACCCUUUACACCAUCGUCGCCGUCGCCAUUUACUGCCUUGCCGGCGACUAUACUACCUCUCCCGCUCUUGGAUCCGCGCCCCGAAUCCCCGCCAAGGUUGCCUACGGCGUCGUGCUUCCUUGCGUGUUCGCGACAGCCAUGGCUUUCGGUCAUACCGGCAUCAAGUACAUGUAUGUUGUCGCCAUGCGAUCCAUCAAGGCUACCCACCAAGUCACCGACCGAAGUGUCAAGUCUUGGAGCAUCUGGGUUGCCUGUGUGACCCUUUACUGGAUCAUUGUCUUUGUCAUUUCCAACGCCAUCCCCAUUUUCGACUCCAUCCUCUCCAUCUCCUCCGCCACCACGAUCGCUUGGUUCACCUUCGGUCUCAGCGCCAUCUUCUGGUUCCACAUCAAUAAGGGCCAGUAUACCAAGAACUGGAAGAAGAUUGCCCUUUGCAUCAUUAACGGCAUGCUUAUCGUCCAGUCAUUGUUCAUGAACGGUGGAGGCUUGUGGUCUUCCAUCACCGAAUUGUUGAACAUCUUUGAGAACGAUAAGAGCUCCAUUCGUGGCGUCUUCUCAUGCGGUGACAACUCCAUUUAGACACGAAAGUCAAGAACUUUAUAGAUAUAGAUAUUAUGCAGCAAGUAUAUAGCGAUUGAAUGAUAUAUGAUGAUAUUAUUAUUACUG